CUCCCUUUCCUCAGCAGGAUUCAUCAUAACAAUUGUAUUCCUCCCUUCCUUAGCUCCACUACCUCUUCUCUCUUCCUCCUUGUUCCUUCCUCUUACAAUGGCAAGAAUGCCUUUAGAGCCUCUAAUAGUGGGGAGAGUCAUAGGAGAAGUUCUUGAUUCUUUUACCACAAGCACAAAAAUGAUUGUGAGUUACAACAAGAAUCAAGUCUACAAUGGCCAUGAACUCUUCCCUUCCACUGUCAACACCAAGCCCAAGGUUGAGAUUGAGGGUGGUGAUAUGAGGUCCUUCUUUACACUGAUCAUGACUGACCCUGAUGUUCCUGGCCCUAGUGACCCUUAUCUGAGAGAGCACUUGCACUGGAUAGUGACAGAUAUUCCAGGCACAACAGAUGCCACAUUUGGGAAAGAGUUGGUGAGCUAUGAGAUCCCAAAGCCUAAUAUUGGGAUCCAUAGGUUUGUGUUUGUCCUGUUCAAGCAAAAGCGUAGACAGUGUGUUACUCCACCCACUUCAAGGGACCACUUCAACACACGCAAAUUCGCAGCAGAGAACGACCUUGCCCUACCUGUGGCUGCUGUCUACUUCAAUGCACAGAGGGAAACGGCUGCAAGAAGACGCUAGCUAUAGCUGCUGAUUUUGCCACUGCUUCAACCAAACUAGUAUUGUAUUGUAUUGAAUAAAGCGAUAAAAAAAGGUACAAGUACAAGGAGUUUCAGUAGUGGAAUUAAGUUGAUCCUCACAUGUGGCUUCAAAUAACUUGCAGGAAGGGAAGAUAAUUAAUCAUUUUCUAGUUUGACCCGUGUGUAUGCUACGUUUUAUUUUACUUUCCAUCUGUUGUGUAAACAUUAUACUACUACGUGUAUUAUUAUUACCUCGUGGGACUACUAUGAGGUGUGAUCUUAUAUAUAGAAAUAAGAGGUUUGGUACGCAAUUGUCGUUUCUUUUA